GCAACACCACAGUUGUACUUCAAACUUGGCAGUUAGCCUCAUCAAAGCUGCGAAUCAUCACGCAUGAUCGCCAACAAUGCCUCCUGUGACAUCAUAUGUAAAUAGCUCGAUAUAACGGUCGGUUGUCGCUAUGUUUUGUGGAAUCUUGCCGUGUCGUCUACACAUCCCGAUCAUCUGAUCACGAAGCCGCCUUACCCAUUCGACGACGUGGGAAACAUGGCUCAGCCUUCAUCCUGGGAUCACAACAUCCGUCCCUUCCUGAGAUGGCGAUACAUUCCCAUCUUGGCGGGUCUGACAUAUGUACUCUACCGUUCUCUUAAUUCGUUGCCCCUUUUUUCGCAUCCUCUGCCCCAACACACAGGACCGUAUGCAGUCGGCGCCGUCGACAUCGAAGCUCCCGUCUCCCAAGCACGCAUAACCUACCCGGCGCGCUUCAAGGACACCAAGGAGGAUGUCUUUGAGCUGCAGACCGUGCUCUUUACCCUGUACUAUCCAGCCGACCACCGAACUACGGACCACGCUCACGCACGAAGACACACCUGGAUCCCCGAGCCGCUGUCGCUGAGGGCCCAGGGCUAUGCCAAAGCCGCGCAUAUCAAUAACUGGCUCACGGACACGCUCUUCGCGGGCGCCCUCCGCGCCCUGGCAGGGAGCGUUACCAUCCCGGCUGCCGUCGAUGUCCCCUUGAGCAGCCAGGCUUCUCCCGGGCCGGGGCCCUCGUCCGCAACCGAUUCCCCGCGACACGGAGAUGACCAAGACAGCGGCCAAAAGGUCCUGGCAAGUCGCGAGGAAGAACAGCGCGGAUUCCCCGUCAUCGUCUUCUCGCACGGCACUACUUCCAGUCGCAGGGAUUAUUCGCACUACGCCGGGGAGCUAGCCGCCAGGGGUUACGUCGUCGCUAUGCUAGAGCACCGUGACGGCUCCUGUCCCGGCUCGGUCAUCAAGGCCAGGGGCCAGCGCGACCGGAAGCGGCUGAUCUUUGAUGUAUCCGAGGUCGAAUCGCUCGACGGUGCGGAGCUGUCCGUCGAAGACUUCCACUCGGCGCAGCUCAACUUCCGCGAAGCCGAGAUCGAGGAGGCCGUCCGGGUCAUCAGAAUGAUCAAUUCCGGCCACGGCACCGACGUGUUCAACCAGAACCCGCGCGGCGAAGGCUCGCACCUUGCCAAGUGGGCCGGCCGUCUGAACACGGACGGCAUGAUCAUCGCAGGUCACAGCUACGGCGCGACGGGCGCGCUGCAGGCCCUCAGGAACUGGCCCAACGACAAGCUGCCCUUCAAGGGGGCCAUCAUCCUCGAUCCAGGGAAGCAGAGCGGACCGCUGAACAGGGACAUCAACGUCCCCGUGUUGGUCGUCCACAGCAACUCGUGGAGCAGCAAGACGAGCAUCUUCUACGGCCGCGCGCACUUCGACACGGUCGAGGGGAUCGUCACGGACAACAACGGUCGCGGCAACCCGUCGUGGUUCAUGACUUCCCUGGGGACCUCGCACCCUUCGGUGACGGACGCGCCGCUGAUCGAGCCGUUCCUCCUGAGCUUCACCACCGGCGCGACCAUCAAUGUGUACCAGGGGCUCAGGCAGUACGUGCACGUCGCCGAGGACUUUUUGCUGUUCCUUGCCGACGGCACCAAGCGCGGCUUGCUCGCGGAGAAGGCCGAGUUCCCCAAGUAUGAUCCGGGCACUGUCUUGGGCAUGUGGAAGCCGGGCCAGGGUGGCAACGAUACGCAGCAGGAUGAGUGGUUCGACUGGCGGAGCUACUGGCAGAUUCACGUUUCUCCUGUUUCCUGAGUCGGUGUUCGUGUUACUUCGAUUUGCAUGCGUACCUUGACAAAAUACAUCACUUAUUAUGUUGGCCCCUUUAU